AUGGACUUCUGCACUAAGCCUUUGUGCUACGAGCUACUGGCAGAAGUGGGAGAAGGCUCCUACGGUAAAGUGUACAAAGCCAGGGAGGUGGGGGAGAAACAGCGCCUCCUGGCGGUCAAGAAAUUCAACAUCCGCGGGGACUCGUCGGAGAACGGGAUCCCUGCUUUCAUGAUCCGCGAGGUGGCGCUGCUGCGUAAAAUGAAGUACUUCAACCAUCCCAACAUUGUCGAGCUGUUGGAGGCCUCUGCUGUGCCAGUGGGCAGAAGCUUGGACCUCACUCUGGUGCUGGAAUACAUUGACCAGGACCUGUCCACCUACCUCUCCAAGGUUCCUGCUUCUGGACUGAGCCGUGACUGUAUUAAGGACGUGAUGCAGCAGCUGCUGCGAGGAUUGGACUUCCUGCACACAAACAUGGUGCUGCACCGCGACCUGAAACCUGAAAACGUUCUGAUCAGCAGCCGCGGAGAAGUCAAGAUUGCAGACUUUGGACUGGCACGCAUCUACACCUUCAAUAUCGCUCUCACUCCAGGCGUGGUGACGCUGUGGUACAGAGCUCCCGAGGUGCUGCUGAACUCUGUCUACAUGUCCACGGUGGACAUGUGGAGCGCCGGCUGCAUCUUCGCUGAGCUCUUCCUCUUGAGACCUCUGUUUCAGGGAUACACGGAGGUACAGCAGCUGCAGAAAAUCUUUGAUGUGACAGGGUUGCCCAGCAAAGAGGACUGGCCCAAGGAAAGCCCGAUCCCAUACUCCGUCAACUGGGGACCAAAGAGCUCCUGCACCAAGCUGCUGCACAACCUGAGCCCCGACGAGAACGACCUACUAGCUCAAUGUUUGGCAUUCAGACCGAGCAGUCGCAUCUCAGCUGCCAAAGCCCUGGCCCAUCCUUUCUUCACGGAGCACUGA